AUGCAAAAGGAUUCUUGCCUCUACUUCUGCCCAUACUGUAUCUCCCUUCCUGUCUACACUCACAGUUCUCCCACUUUGCCCCAAUGCCCAUUGCUGAGCUCUUCUGCCUCGGCUCUAAGUGGCAACCCACGCCUCGUCAACAUCUUCAGAAGCAAUCACACUUGGGAGCUUCGUUGUCUAGGGAAUACGAAACGAAGGCCAGACGGACCGGGCUUGAUGGACACAAGGUAUGCUCUGCAGGUGAGGUGGGAAAUUAAAACACGUCAAAGACUGCCAGCUAGUCCCUUGAGGUGGACCAGAUUGGCGCAUAUGCGAAGAAAAAUGGGCUUUCCAAGAAUCUCCUAG